AUGGCGUGGCUCCGGGGCGCCCUUGGCGCAUCCGCUGUGGUGAUGGCGGUGCAAAUCUACAGCAGCUGCUUUGUGCAGGCACCGAUUUCCACGUCCUUGCCGCGGGUGGGUCUCUCCAGCCAGCCACGCUUGGCGGGCGGCCGCGAAGCCUCCGCCUCCUCCGGCGUGGCGUUUCGUGCGUCGGUGAUGGCAUUGGCAGGUGUGGCUGCUCUGGCAGGAGCAACUUCUAGGAGGUCGAGGUGUAAAAGCUCGGUGCCUCGUAAGGCUUCGCUGAUUGCCACGCGCCCGGAUCAGGCCAUCCCUUGGUGGGAACGAUUGACACGGCCAACCAUCGAGCCCGGCAUUGGCAUUUGGGCCGAAAAAUUGAACAUGACCACCAUUUUCCAAGAGGAGGAAGGCAAUGUGAGGACAGUUCCGGCCACCAUUUUGGUGGUGAAACGCGGUGGCAACAUGGUUACAGACAAGAGAUGGCCCGAGAAACACGGCCACUACUCAGUUCAGGUGGGCUAUGAACGCUAUACUCCUGACCAGCGCGAGAAGGAGGGCAAGCGCGCCCUACAGCUGAAACGCCUGGCGCGCAACGAGUGUCCACCGCUGCGGAGGAUCAAGGAUUUCCGCGUGAGGCCGCAGGAUUGGGAGAAAUGGGAGAUUGGCCAAAAGAUUUGGCCGUCGGACUUCUUGCAAGAGGGUGAUCUGGUGGAUGUCCACGGUUGGGCCAAGGGCAAGGGUUUUGCCGGCCGCAUCAAAAAAUGGGGCGGAAAGAGGGGACCCAUGACCCACGGUUCUAAGCAUCACAGGAGAGAAGGUUCCAUUGGUGCCGCCUGGCCGGCACGUGUACUGCCCCAGCGCCACCGUGCGGGGUGGAUCGGUGCAUGCAAGAGCAUCGCCCACAACUUGAAGAUUCUGAAGAUCAUGGACCGCAUUGAUGAGGACAACAUGCCUGAGUCCAUCAUCGUUGUGCAAGGAUCCGUGCCCGGAUACACGGCGCAUUGGAAAUCCGGUGGUUCCUACGUUUGGCUGCACAAAGCCAAGAACCGCUCCGAUGGUCGUUUCAAGCGCGAUCCGGUGUGGCUGUGGUUCUACCACAAGGGCGAGGGUCGCUCUGCUGCAUAA